ACACUGGCAACACUGCGCGUACUUCCUGGUUACAGAUUGUGCAAACAAGGUUUUUUUGUGCCUAUUUCGGGAAAUAUCUUUCUAAAUAUUUGUUGACUCUCUUUUAACUUUAUACAGACGGCAUAAACAUCACCGGACGUUUAUUCAUAAUUAUUUUAAAACAGUUAUGAACCGAUGGUGACAUAGAAAUGAAUGACUGAUGGGAAAAGUGUGGACGUGAGCAUCAUAGCGAACAGUUAAAGGACAUCUGUGUCAACCCACUUAUCUUAAUUAAACCUUAAGCCAGUGUAGAAGCACCACACAUACCCGUCUGGACAUUAGAGAUCUCAGCUGUCCGAGAGCCAAAAUGACUGCGUCAAAUUCGGGUCUGAUCAUGAACGUUGUAAACAGCAUUGUGGGUGUGAGUGUCUUGACGAUGCCCUUCUGCUUCAAACAGUGCGGAAUUGUGUUGGGCACGUUGUUGUUGUUCUUCUGUUCGUGGAUGACCCACCAAUCCUGCAUGUUUCUAGUCCACUCAGCCAGUAACACCAAACGCAGGACUUAUGCUGGACUAGCUUUUCAUGCUUAUGGAAAACCAGGCAAAGCACUUGUGGAAUUGAGCAUGAUUGGACUCAUGCUGGGAACAUGCAUUGCUUUCUAUGUCGUCAUCGCAGAUCUGGGGUCCAACUUCUUUGCUCAGCUGCUUGGGCUGCAGGUGACACGUAGCUUCCGUAUCGUGUUACUGAUCUCAGUCUCGCUGUUAGUCGUACUACCUCUCAGCUUGCAGAGAAACAUGAUGUCAUCCAUCCAGUCAUUCUCAGCCAUGGCGCUGAUCUUCUACACACUCUUCAUGUUCACGAUGGUGCUCUCCUCCUUCAAACACGGCCUCCUCACUGGCCAGUGGCUGAACAAGGUCAUUUACGUUCGGUGGGACGGCGUCUUUCGCUGCAUCCCUAUCUGUGGCAUGGCAUUUGCCUGUCAGUCGCAAGUAUUACCCACUUAUGACAGCCUGGAUGAGCCCUCGGUGAAGAGAAUGAGCACAAUAUUCACCUCUUCCCUCAACGUGGUCACCACCUUCUACAUCACAGUGGGGUUCUUCGGCUAUGUGAGCUUCACAGACAACAUUGCUGGGAACGUACUGAUGAACUUUCCAUCUAACCUGGUAACGGAGAUGAUCCGUGUGGGCUUUAUGAUGUCUGUGGCUGUGGGCUUCCCCAUGAUGAUCUUGCCCUGCAGACAGGCCAUCAACACAAUGCUAUUCGAACAGCAGCAAAAGGAUGGCACCUUCGCCGCAGGUGGUUAUAUGCCACCCCUUCGUUUCAAGAGCAUCACUCUUUGCAUUGUUUUUGGCACCAUGCUGGGCGGCAUCCUCAUUCCUAAUGUGGAGACCAUCCUGGGUCUGACUGGAGCCACCAUGGGCAGUCUGAUCUGCUUCAUCUGCCCAGCUCUCAUCUACAAGAAGAUCAUGAAGAACGCCUGGACUGCACAGCUGGUUCUGUGGGUCGGUCUCGGUAUCCUGCUCAUCAGUACCUUCACCACGCUGUCCAUUUCCUCCAACGAGCCGCAGAAAUUAAACCCCCCUCUGGAUGUCCCCGCAAGAACUGAGGACAAGCUUCCUAUACUCAUACCCCACGAGUUGCCCAAAGUACCAGAGAAUGGAGUGGAUCCUCACCCAGGAGAGAAGCCAGAUAGGCCCCCGAUAGAGAUUGAACAGCCAGCAGAGCAGAAAGCAGCAGAACCCCCUCAAAUUAAAGUACCUGUGGAAGUGGCCGAGGGAAAGAAUGAGGAGAAAGAGGUUCAGCUGGAUCGCCCUGGAGCGGGUGUAGCGGUCCCAGAAGGGGAAGCCCACCGCCAUGAGCCGCCCAUCCCUCAUGACAGAGUUCAGAUAGAUGAGAUCAAAAACCAGGAGGAGCUAGAGGAUGAAAAGAAACAACCUGUAGCUGUGGAGGAAGAAAGGAAACUACCUACCAGAGAGGAGGAGGAGAUUCUUGCUGAGCAGGGGGCAGGGCAAGCACAAGACUUAGGGCAGGAAUCUAUAAAAGAGGAGGAGUCAAAAGAAAAAAUAGAUGUGGUGAAAAGGUUUGCAAAUCAAGACCAGCUUGCAUCUAAUAAAGUAUUGGACAAGGCAGAAAAUCCAGAAGAUCUGAAGAAGGUUGAGUCCUUAGUGGUACAUAAAGAACCAGAAAACCUGCCUGAAGUGAAUGAAAAGCAUGAUGAGAAUGAAUUGGCCAGAGACAAGAUACCAGAGGAGAUUGAGAAAGCCCUUGAACCCCAGGAUGAGAAACCGAAGGAGAAGCUUCUUGUGCAGGAGCACAAGGAAGAGAAGGUUCCAGAUGGAAAGGAUGGAGGAGCAAACAAGGAUGGAGAUGGGGACAAGAUGGAAGUGAUUAAAAAGAUUGUUGCAGAGGGUCAGUUGGACCAUGCUAUGCUGCUGCAGGUCAUUAAGGUGCAGCAACAACAGCAGAAAAGGCUUCUGGACCAACAGGAAAAACUUCUGGCGGUGAUUGAGGAGCAACACAAGGAGAUCCACCAAAUUAAGGACGGAGAAGAAGAACCAAAGGCAGUAGAACAGCAGAAAAGACAUGUGGACCUGGAGGAAAAACAUGAGGAGGUCCAUCAAGUAAAGGAAGGAGAAGCUGAACCAAAGGCAGCAGCCGGAGAGGGCGCAGGUGAGGUGGAGAGUGUUGUGCAGAGGCAGCUGGAAGGGAUGGCGGGGUCAGUGAAGCCUAAAGUUGCCGCUGUCGUUUCGGCCCAAUUGCAACAGCCCCAGGGGGAUUCGGUUCCUGAGGACCCAGCAGCAAAAGAGGCUCAUGUUGUAGCCGGUCUUCCCCACAAUGCCCUUGAAUCUGUGCAAGAAGGAGGUGUUGAAGUUCUCAAGAAGGAGCUGGAGCUGAAAAACCAAGCAGGGCAAGGCGAAGCAGUACCUGCAGAGGUCGAUGGCCAAGGUGUUCCGCUGCACCAACGAGAACCAGAACCACCCAAAAUCAAUCCUGACGCUUUUGCUGAGGAGCAGAGAUUGAAUCAGAAACUGGCCCAACUGGAGGCGGAGAAGGAGAGAAUAGAGAAAGACAAGUUGGAUAAGGAAAGGAUUGAGAAGGAGGUGCAGGCCCGUGUUGAGAAGGAGAGGAAGGAGCGGGAAAGACGAGAGGAACUGGCACGCGAGCAGGAGCUAGAACACGUGCGGCAGCAAAAGGAACAGCUAGAGAAGGAAAGGCUUGAAGCAGAGAGGUUAAAACAGGAACAAGAGAAGAUGGAUAAAGAGAUCAUGGACCGCGCCGAGAAGGAGAAAAGAUUGCUCGAGCACAAGGAACGGCUAGACCAGAUGCAACAGGUCAUUGAUGCGCGACGUGAGCGGCAGGAGAAGGAGCGGCGGGACAAGGGAAGUCUCGAGGAUGAGAGUUUAAAACGGGAACGAGAGAAGACGGAUAAGGAGAUCGUGGAACGUGCCGAGAAGGAGAAAAGAAUCCUUGAGCAGAAGGAACAACUAGACCAACUACAGCAGGUCAUUGACUCGAAGAAAGAGCAAGGUGCACCCAAAGCAGAACUCCCGCCGAUGCCUAAGCAAAAAGGAGGCAGGGACUUGAAGGAGAAUAUAGAGGAAAAGAGGAGUGGAGAGAAUGACCUUAGGAGGAGGCGCAGAGCUGUGGACCCUGAGGGUGGAGGAGGUGCUGACCUGGAUCUUCUGCGGGACGUAGGAGGUUUAGACUUAAACGCUGACCUAAAGGGACAGCUGCUGGCAGGGUCUCUGGUUCACACACGCCAGCUUAAACAGACGUUUCAAAGGCAGGAGAAUGAAGAUGUUCUGGAAUGA